AUGGCGACACUGCGUCUUGCAGGCUGGGCAAAGGCCCUUGAAUACUCUGACCUUCCAAGCGACGUCGUCCGAGCCGCUGUGCGGAGCUUCUACAACUGGGCUGGUUGCACGAUCGGUGGCAGCAAUCACGCCGCCACCCUCAUUGCACGCCAAUCUCUGGCACCAUUCUUCGGCGCCUCUACCUCAACGCUGUUGGGGCACAAGGGGGAGGUGAAGAUAGACGCGCAACAUGCAGCUCUCAUAAACGGCAUUGCGUCACAUGUCCACGAUUAUGAUGACACACAUCUUGACACAAUCAUCCAUCCAACUGGCCCUGUCGCAAGCGCUCUGCUUGCUGCUGCGGAAUGGAGGACGGGAGUAUCCGGUCAAGACUUUAUUGCCGCUCUGGUGGCCGGCAUCGAGGCCGAGUGUAAGGUUGGAUUGGCCGUUUGGCCAGAACAUUAUGAUGUGGGAUGGCAUAUUACAUCGUCCACCGGGUCCAUAGGAGCUGCUGUGGCCGUCUCCAAGAUCCUUGGCUUGACUAUGUCAGAGACCGCCCACGCUAUCGGACUCGCAGCUACACAGGUGGUCGGUCUGCGAGAGAUGUUUGGAUCCCACACCAAGUCCUUCCACCCCGGCCGUGCUGCGCAGUGCGGCUUGCUUGCGGCUGUCAUGGCCCAGGGCGGCUACACCAGCAGUGAGACGACGCUGGAGGCCAAACGUGGAUGGGCAAACGUUGUCGGCUCUUCAAAGGCAGACAUCCUGCAGAGCCUUGACAAGUGGGUUGGUGGUGAGGGCGAGUUUAGCCUCGUCAACAAUGGUGUUGGCCGCUGGGAAAUCCUGCGAAACAGCUUCAAGCCCUUCCCUUGCGGUAUUGUCAUCCACCCAAUCAUCGACGCCUGCGCUCAGCUACACGGUGAGAUCUUGAGUAAGAACCUUGAUAUACACAAGAUCAAGUCGGUUACAGCAAAGGUUCACCCUCUUGUGCUGGAACUCACAGGCAAGAAGACCCCCAAGGAUGGGCUGGAGGCCAAGUUCAGCGUUUAUCACAGCGGCGCUUGUGGUCUUCGCUUUGGAAAGGCUACGCCCGCCGAGUACGAUGAUGCAGUUGUGCUUGAUCCCGAGGUUAUCGCCAUUCGGGAUCGAAUCACGGCUGAGAUCAACACGGCUUUGACGCCCGACCAGGCAAUGGUUACCGUGGAGCUUGAAGACGGCCAAGUCUUCACCAAGACCAUUGAGCACGCAAUUGGCAGUCUCGAGGUGCCUCUGGACGAGACCAUGCUGAAGACCAAUGCACCCCCCGUUCUUGGUGAAGGAGCCACGGCCGCUAGCAAGGCGUGCUGGGAGAUUGAGGCAGCGGAAGACAUUUGCAACAUCACACAAUUUAUGUAA